CAGUCUGCGCUAUUCAACUUUCAGUCCCUCCUCCUAGUCGUCCUCCUGCUCGUCUGCACCUGCACCUACGCACGCGCCGUCGCACCACGCCUCAUUGAUAGGAACAAGGACGGGUUUCUGGGUCUCUUCUUCAUGUCGGCGCGCAUCGGUGAGCGCCUCUCGCCUUACGUCGCCCUCGCCUGCGUCGCCAUGGCCGUGCGCAUCCUC